AUGGCAUUCCGGGCGCGAUGGCGUGAAAUGAAAAAGGAUGGCUGGACCUCAAAGAAGCCAUCAGGCGUUUCCGUUGACUAUAUUUAUCUCAAGCCCGGAAAGACGAUCAAGGAUGUUGAAGAAGAAGACGUGUUUAUUGGCAAGGAAGCUCUGAUGAAGUACCUGGACAAGAUUGAAGUCUUCGAUCUGUACUGA